AGGCGGAACCUUGGUGAGUCGCACCAAUUGAAAUUCAGCGGUUGCCAAGGCCCUAGAAGCCCGGAUGAAGGACGCAGGGUGGCGGCGUGGGACCCGGGGAAUGUAAAGAGCACUUGGAGACGGUGCUGCGGUGGUUCCGGGACUUAGAGCAGCAGGGCUCUUUGCCAUCGAUGUAGUAUGGGAGGCAAGAACAAGAAACACAAAGCGCCCGGGGCCGCGGCGGUCCGGGCCGCCGUGUCUGCUUCCAGAGCCAAAUCCGCCGAGGCCGGAGCUGCUGGGGAGGCCCAAAACAAGAAGCCGGUGGCCAGGCCGCCCCCCGCAGCUGCCGCUAGCACCAGGGAGCCCCGAGUCAAGCAAGGUCCGAAAAUUUAUAGUUUUAAUUCUACAAAUGAUUCUGGAGGUCCUGCAAAUCUGGAUAAAUCUAUUUUGAAAGUGGUAAUUAAUCACAAACUAGAGCAAAGAAUUAUUGGAGUGAUAAAUGAGCAUAAAAAGCAAAAUAAUGACAAAGGAGUGAUUUCUGGAAGACUUACUGCCAAAAAAUUACAGGAUUUAUACAUGGCUUUACAAGCAUUUUCAUUUAAGACUAAGGACAUUGAAGAUGCCAUGACUAACACACUCUUACAGGGAGGUGAUCUCCAUUCUGCCUUGGAUUGGCUCUGUUUAAAUCUUUCAGAUGAUGCACUUCCUGAAGGAUUCAGUCAAGAAUUUGAAGAGCAACAAACUAAAAGUAGGCCAAAAUUCCAGUCUCCUCAAAUACCAGCCACUGUUUCACCUCCAUCGCAACCUAAAAUCAAAAAACCAGAAGAUACUAAGAUUAAGCCAAAAAAGGAAGAAAAAAAUUUGGAAGUAAAUAUGAAAGAAUGGAUUUUGCAGUAUGCCGAACAGCAAAAUGAAGAAGAAAAGAGUGAGAAUUCUAAAAGUUUAGAAGAGGAAAAAUUUGACCCUAAUGAAAGGUACUUGCACCUUGCAGCAAAACUUCUGGAUGCAAAGGAGCAGGCAGCUACCUUUAAACUAGAAAAAAACAAGCAAGGCCAAAAAGAGGCUCAAGAAAAAAUAAGGAAAUUUCAAAGAGAAAUGGAAACUUUAGAAGACCAUCCAGUAUUCAAUCCAGCCAUAAAGAUUUCACAUCAACAGAAUGAAAGGAAAAAGCCUCUUGUAGCCACAGAAGAGGAAAGGGCUUUGAACUUUAACUUAUUUGAAAAAUCUGUACCUGCUACUGAAGAAGAGAAAGAGAAAAAGAAAGAACCUCAUGAUGUAAGAAAUUUUGACUAUACAUCUCGAAGCUGGACUGGAAAAUCUCCCAAACAAUUUCUGAUCGAUUGGGUCAGGAAGAAUCUUCCCAAGAGUCCAAAUCCUUCCUUUGAAAAAGUUCCAGUAGGUAGAUACUGGAAAUGUAGGGUAAGAGUAAUCAAGUCUGAAGAUGACGUACUGGUAGUAUGCCCUACAAUCUUAACAGAAGAUGGCAUGCAAGCUCAGCACCUGGGAGCAACUCUAGCUCUGUACCGUUUAGUGAAAGGGCAGUCUGUGCACCAGUUACUUCCUCCCACUUACCGAGAUGUUUGGUUGGAGUGGAGUGAUGCAGAAAAGAAAAAGGAAGAAUUAAAUAAAAUGGAAACCAAUAAGCCACGUGAUCUUUUUAUUGCCAAACUUCUGAACAAAUUGAAACAGCAGCAGCAGCAGCAGCAACAGCAUUCUGAAAAUAAGAGAGAAAACUCUGAAGAUCCUGAGGAAUCUUGGGAAAAUUUAGUUUCUGAUGAGGAUUUUUCUGCACUGUCCUUGGAAUCAGAAAAGGCAGAAGAUUUGGAACCUGUUAGAGCCCUCUUUAGGAAGUUGCAAAGCACACCUAAGUACCAGAGACUUCUAAAGGAAAGGCAGCAGUUACCAGUGUUCAAGCAUAGGAAUUCAAUUGUUGAAACUCUUAAAAGGCACCGGGUAGUGGUUGUGGCAGGUGAAACGGGGAGUGGCAAAAGUACUCAAGUACCACAUUUCCUCUUGGAAGAUUUGCUUCUAAAUGAGUGGGGAGCUAGUAAGUGUAACAUUGUCUGCACGCAGCCCCGAAGAAUCUCAGCAGUGAGUUUAGCCACAAGAGUAUGUGAUGAGUUGGGCUGUGAAAAUGGACCUGGAGGAAGGAAUUCUUUGUGUGGAUAUCAGAUCCGGAUGGAAUCUCGAGCUAGUGAAUCUACAAGGUUACUCUAUUGUACAACAGGAGUUUUGCUAAGGAAACUUCAGGAAGAUGGUCUCCUAACCAAUGUGUCUCAUGUUAUUGUAGACGAGGUUCAUGAAAGAAGCGUCCAGUCAGACUUCUUACUAAUUAUCUUGAAAGAAAUUUUACAGAAACGCUCUGAUCUACACUUGAUUCUAAUGAGUGCCACUGUAGACAGUGAAAAGUUUUCCACGUAUUUCACACACUGCCCUAUUCUUAGAAUUUCAGGAAGAAGCUAUCCUGUGGAGGUUUUUCAUCUUGAAGAUAUAAUAGAAGAAACAGGAUUUGUACUGGAGAAAGACUCAGAAUAUUGUCAGAAAUUUCUGGAGGAGGAAGAAGAAAUAACCAUUAAUGUUACAAGCAAAGCAGGGGGAAUAAAAAAGUACCAGGAAUAUAUACCAGUUCAGACUGGAUCAAGUGCUGAUUUAAAUCCAUUUUACCAAAAGUAUAGUAGCCGCACUCAGCAUGCUAUUCUCUACAUGAAUCCUCAUAAAAUCAACCUUGAUCUCAUUUUGGAACUUCUUAUAUAUUUAGACAGAAGUCCCCAGUUCAGAAAUGUUGAAGGAGCAGUGUUGAUCUUUUUACCAGGCCUCGCUCAUAUUCAACAGCUGUAUGAUCUCCUGUCAACUGACAGAAGAUUUUUUUCUGAACGAUAUAAAGUGAUAGCUCUCCAUUCUAUUCUUUCAACUCAAGACCAAGCUGCAGCAUUCACACUUCCUCCUCCUGGAGUCAGGAAGAUUGUUUUAGCAACAAAUAUUGCAGAGACAGGUAUCACUAUUCCAGAUGUUGUAUUUGUAAUUGACACUGGAAGAACAAAAGAAAAUAAGUACCAUGAAAGCAGUCAGAUGAGUUCUUUGGUUGAGACAUUUGUCAGUAAAGCAAGUGCUCUGCAGCGCCAGGGCAGAGCUGGGAGGGUCAGAGAUGGCUUCUGCUUCCGAAUGUACACAAGAGAAAGAUUUGAAGGUUUUAUGGACUAUUCUGUCCCUGAAAUUUUGCGUGUGCCUCUGGAGGAGUUAUGUCUUCAUAUUAUGAAAUGCAGUCUUGGUUCUCCUGAAGAUUUCCUUGCCAAAGCUUUAGAUCCUCCUCAGCUUCAAGUGAUCAGCAAUGCAAUGAAUUUACUCCGAAAGAUUGGAGCAUGUGAACUAAAUGAGCCUACACUGACUCCAUUGGGCCAGCACCUUGCAGCCCUGCCUGUGAACGUCAAGAUUGGCAAGAUGCUUAUUUUUGGUGCCAUAUUUGGCUGCCUUGACCCAGUGGCAACACUAGCUGCAGUGAUGACAGAGAAGUCUCCUUUUACUACACCAAUUGGUCGAAAAGAUGAGGCAGAUCUUGCAAAAUCAGCUUUGGCUAUGGCUGAUUCAGACCACCUGACGAUCUACAAUGCAUACCUAGGAUGGAAGAAGGCCCGGCAAGAAGGAGGCUAUCGUUCUGAAAUUGCGUAUUGCCGGAGGAAUUUUCUUAAUAGAACAUCACUGUUAACCCUAGAAGAUGUAAAGCAGGAGUUAAUAAAGUUGGUUAAGGCAGCAGGAUUUUCAUCAUCCACAGCAUCUAAUGACUGGGAAGGAAACAGAGCCUCACACACACUGUCCUUCCAAGAAAUUGCCCUUCUUAAAGCUGUAUUGGCUGCUGGACUAUAUGACAACGUGGGAAAGAUCAUCUAUACAAAAUCAGUUGAUGUUACAGAAAAAUUGGCUUGUAUUGUGGAGACAGCCCAAGGCAAAGCUCAAGUACAUCCCUCCUCAGUAAAUCGAGAUUUGCAAACUUAUGGAUGGCUCUUAUACCAAGAGAAGGUAAGGUAUACCCGAGUAUAUUUGAGGGAAACUACCCUAAUAACCCCUUUUCCAGUUUUACUUUUUGGUGGUGAUAUAGAAGUUCAACACCGGGAACGUCUUCUUUCUGUUGAUGGCUGGAUCUAUUUUCAGGCCCCUGUAAAAAUAGCUGUCAUUUUCAAGCAGCUUAGAGUUCUCAUUGAUUCCGUUUUAAGAAAAAAGCUUGAAAAUCCUAAGAUGUCCCUUGAAAAGAGAUCUGUCACCUACCUAUUGACACCUCUUCAAGAGCACUUUGCUGUUAAAGGUAAUUGUUUCAUGUUUAGUCCAAAGGAAACAAACUAUUUCCUUCCUCCUUGCCCAUGCUGUGGAGAUCCCUACAUCUUCUGAGGAACAUGGAACAACCAGUAAACCCUGCAGUACAUCUCAGCCAGCGCUCCUUCUCUCUCUCAAAAUAAAUAAACUUUUCAAAAAAACAAUAACCAUAAGAUCUAAGUUUAUUUAUUUUGAGAGAGAAGGAGAGUGAGGGAGAAAGACUCCCAGGCAGGCUCUGCAUUAGGGCAAAGCCCAAUGCAGGGCUCAAAUCCACAAACUGUGAGAUCAUGACAUGAGGUGAAAUCAAGACUCAGACACUUAACCAACUGAGUCACCCAGGCGCCCCUUUAAGGAAUUUUUAAAGAAACAAUUCCUAAUAAAGGACAAAUAGUUGUAUCACAUCAUCUCUUUGGGCCUUAAGCCUAUUUUUUGUCAAAGUAAGGUGUGGAAUAAUGGUAACAAUAAUUAAUAAUAUUUGUAGUGCAACAAAUUCUGUUAUGUGGGCAUCUCUUGUUUGAAUCUUGUUGGAAUUAGUAUUGCAUUCUAACUUAAAAGAAUCUUUUAAUCAAGUGUGCCUGUUGGUCACAUGUGUAUACAUUGAGAAUUUAGCCAGUGAUAAAUUUGUUCACGGUUUUUGUUUGUUUGUUU